UAACGAGCAAGAUUGCGUGAGCGUGAUGCAGUUAUAAAACUUGGAGGCCACGCUAGCUACGAAAUCAACCUCGGAUCUCACACCCUCCUCUGCCUUAACCCUACCAUCUUCCUUUUCAAUCCAAAUCAACCUCACUUCUCACCAUGGCCCCCACUCUAAUUGGUCCCCCCGAAAUCUACACUUUCAAACCAUCAAACGCUAAGCCCACCGCCACCGCUGAAACCACCGCCACCGCUGAAACCACCGCCACCGCUGAAACCACCGCCACCGCUGAAACCACCACCACCGCUGAAACCACCGCCACCACCACCGUUGAAACCACCACACCAUUAACUGACGACGCUUUCAUCGACCAAAUGAUAGCCAAUUUCAACUCAUUUCCAAAGAAUCAAUCACCGAUGGGUUUAACAGAGAACAUGUCACCAACAUUUCUCACCACAGGUAACCCCUGUCUCGAUUUUUUCUUCCAUAUUGUUCCCGAUACUCCCUCUGAAACUCUUGUCGCGAGACUUCGACUAGCCUGGGACCAAAACCCACUCACUGCUCUCAAACUCGUCUGUAACCUCCGUGGUGUUCGCGGUACCGGAAAGUCUGACAAAGAAGGCUUUUACGCCGCCGCUCUCUGGCUUCACGAACACCACCCUAAAACUCUAGCUUUCAACGUUCCUUCUCUUGCUGACUUUGGUUACUUCAAAGAUCUCCCUGAACUUCUCUACCGCCUUCUAGAAGGUUCUCAAGUUCGUAAAAUUCAGAAAGAGGAAUGGAAUAAAAGGAAAUUUGGUCUAAGAAAAAGACACCAAAUACAACCCAACUACAACGAUGACGACGAUGAGAAGGUUGACGAUGAGAACGUAAACGAUGAGAACGUUGACGAUUAUGAGAUCUACGGGAGGAUGAUGAAGAAGAAGAAGAAGGAGAAGAGGGAAUGGAUCGCGAACGAAAAAGACUCUGUGAUGACUGAAGAGAUGUUGGCGAGGGCUAAAGCUGAGAAAGAAACCGCUCAUGCUUUGAAAGAAGAGAAGAGGAUCUCAUUGGCUAAGAAGCUUGUUGAACGAUACAAUAGCGACUCCAAUUUUCGUUCCCUUCAUGAUUCUAUCUCUGAUCAUUUUGCUGAUUGUUUGAAGAAAGAUCUAGAGUUUUUGAGAUCUCGGUCGUCCACACAAAUCAGUCUUGCUGCCAAAUGGUGUCCUUCUGUUGGCUCUUCUUUUGAUCGGUCAACGCUUUUGUGUGAGACCAUUGCGAAGAAGAUUUUCCCUAGGGAGGAGUAUGAAGGUGUGGAGGAGGCGCAUUACGCUUACAGGGUUCGCAAUCGAUUGAGGAAGGAAGUGUUGGUGCCUUUGAGGAAGGUUUUGGAGUUGCCUGAGGGGUUCAUUGGUGCUAACAGAUGGGAUUUGAUUCCUUACAAAAGGGUUGCUUCGGUGGCGAUGAAGUUUUAUAAGGAGAAGUUUUUGAAGCAUGAUAAAGAGAGGUUUGAGAAGUAUUUGGAGGAUGUGAAGGCAGGGAAGACUACCAUUGCGGCUGGUGCUUUGCUUCCUCAUGAGAUUAUAGGAUCUUUGACGGAUGAAGAUGGUGGUGAAGUUGCUGAAUUGCAGUGGCAAAGAAUGGUUCAUGAUUUGCGUAAGAAAGGAUUUAUGAUGGAUUGUCUUGCUGUGUGUGAUGUGUCAGGGAGUAUGAGUGGGAUCCCUAUGGAGGUGUCUGUGGCAUUGGGAUUGUUGGUGUCUGAAUUGAGUGUGGAACCUUGGGAAGGGAAGAUUAUUACUUUCAGUGCAGAGCCUCAGCUUCAUUUGGUUGAAGGGAAUGAUCUCAAGUCCAAGACGGAGUUUGUGAGGAACAUGGAUUGGGGUGGAAACACUGAUUUCCAGAAGGUGUUUGAUCGCAUAUUGGAAGUUGCUGUCAAUGGGAAUCUCACAGAGGAUCAGAUGAUUAAGAGGAUCUUUGUUUUCAGCGACAUGGAGUUCGAUGAAGCAUCUGCAAAUCCAUGGGAGACUGAUUACCAAGCGAUCACUAGGAAGUAUAGAGAGAAGGGAUACGGUUCUGCUGUGCCUCAGAUAGUUUUUUGGAAUCUGAGAGACUCAAAGGCCACCCCGGUGCCGUCCACUCAGAAAGGUGUGGCGUUGCUGAGUGGAUUUUCUAAGAACCUGCUGACAUUGUUCUUGGGCAAUGAUGGUGAAAUAAGCCCUGUAGAAGCUAUGGAAGCUGCCAUCGAUGGACCGGAGUAUCAGAAUCUAGUUGUGCUGGAUUAGUUUCCUUCGGUAAUUGGUAGAGUUUUGUUUAGUGUAACGAUAAUAAUUGAGAAAAUAGAAUUAGGUGCUUUUUGUUUAUGAAGUACUGCUUGAUUAGAUUGUUGGAAACAAAAUGUUGAAAUGGCAGUGUGUUGUUAAAAUUCAAAUUGGUUAUAACAUGUUUCCAAUUUAAUAAAAGUUGGGCUGGGGAAGGGAGCAAUUGCAGCCGGAUUAAAUAAAAUGACAACGCAUGAGAUUUUUUGCUAAGAGGAUCAUGUAAUUCACUGAAACAAUGUUUUUGUUAAGUUUUAAAGUAUUACUGUGAAAAGGAAAUGCAGUUUCAAUAGAUUCUGCUUCUGCUGCUGAAA